AUGGCUUCAACAGUUUUGGUAAUCAUAGCUUUUCUCCUUACGUUCAACCUUGUUUUCUUCACUCUGGCAUCCUCCACUAAUACCGCAAAAGGCUGCCCACCUCCACCAAAACCUCCAACACCUACAAAACCUUCAACACCUCCAACACCUACAAAAUCUUCAACACCUUCAACCCCUCCCAAAGCUACUUGCCCGACAGACACUCUCAAAUUGGGUGUGUGUGCUAACUUGCUCAACAAUCUUCUCCCCAUAGUAAUAGGAAAUCCAUCAGAGACACCAUGUUGUUCCCUUAUUGCUGGUCUCACAGAUCUUGACGCUGCAGUGUGUCUUUGCACUGCCAUUAAAGCUAAUGUCUUGGGAAUCAACCUCAACGUUCCUGUCUCAUUGAGUGUUUUGCUUAACUACUGUGAAAAGAAGGCCCCAUCUGGCUUCCAAUGCACCUAG